GCAAGGGACCUGAAACUCUUUAUGCUGGACAGAAACUCAAUGACAACGAGUGGCACACUGUCCGUGUAGUUCGGCGAGGAAAGAGCCUCAAGCUGAUGGUGGAUGAUGAUGUCGCGGAGGGCACAAUGGUUGGUGAUCAUACCCGCUUGGAGUUCCACAACAUUGAGACAGGGAUCAUGACUGAGAAACGGUACAUCUCUGUCAUCCCCUCCAGCUUCAUCGGCCACCUUCAGAGCCUCAUGUUCAACGGGAUGCUGUACAUUGACCUGUGCAAGAAUGGUGACAUUGACUAUUGCGAGCUGAAGGCACGCUUUGGUCUCCGCAACAUCAUAGCUGACCCUGUGACGUUCAAGACCAAGAGCAGUUACCUGAGCUUGGCCACCUUGCAGGCUUAUACAUCCAUGCACCUCUUCUUUCAGUUCAAGACCACAUCAGCUGAUGGUUUCAUCCUCUUUAACAGUGGUGAUGGCAAUGACUUCAUCGCAGUUGAACUAGUCAAGGGGUAUAUACACUACGUGUUUGACCUUGGAAAUGGACCUAAUGUAAUCAAAGGCAACAGCGAUCGUCCUCUUAAUGACAACCAAUGGCACAAUGUUGUCAUCACUAGAGAUAACAGUAACACACACAGCCUAAAGGUGGACACUAAGGUGGUCACUCAGGUUAUCAAUGGAGCCAAAAAUCUAGAUCUUAAAGGUGAUCUCUACAUUGCUGGCCUAGCUCAAGGCAUGUAUAGCAACCUCCCAAAGCUUGUGGCCUCACGUGAUGGAUUUCAGGGCUGUCUGGCAUCUGUGGACUUGAAUGGGCGUCUGCCUGAUCUUAUCAACGAUGCUCUGCAUCGCAGCGGGCAAAUUGAGCGUGGAUGUGAAG